GUGCGCACGUCACACUCGGUGCGGCGGGGCGGGGGCCGGGGCCGGGAGCAUGUCGGCCCCGUUCGAGGAGCGCAGCGGGGUGGUGCCGUGCGGGACGCCGUGGGGCCAGUGGUACCAGACGCUGGAGGAGGUGUUCAUCGAGGUGCGGGUGCCGCCGGGCACGCGCGCGCAGGACGUCCAGUGCGGCCUGCAGAGCCGGCACGUGGCGCUGGCCGUGGGCGGCCGCGAGAUCCUCAAGGGCAAGCUCUUUGAUUCCACUAUAGCUGAUGAAGGAACAUGGACUUUGGAGGAUAGAAAAAUGGUCCGCAUUGUUCUUACAAAGACAAAGAGAGAUGCAGCCAACUGUUGGACUUCCCUUCUAGAAUCUGAAUAUGCCGCUGAUCCUUGGGUACAAGACCAAAUGCAGAGAAAGCUCACAUUAGAGAGGUUCCAAAAAGAAAAUCCUGGCUUUGACUUCAGUGGAGCUGAAAUCUCAGGAAACUACACAAAAGGUGGACCGGAUUUCUCAAACCUUGAGAAAUAACUGCAGUUCUUUAAAAAAGAAAAGCUUUUGGUUACAUUGUGUGGAUCAUAGCAGGUAUAGCCAAUGUUAAUAUAAGCAGUAUAUUAUGUGGUGGAAGAAAAAAAUAGGAUACCUACAAUUAACAAAUUGCAAAGCUAUUUAAAUAUGGUUCUAAAAAUUGCAUUAAGAUAUGAUUUACAUAGAAAACAUGUACCAUAGGAAAUAUUCUGUGGAUAUAUGGUGACUUUUUUUGGACUUGUUUUUGCUCAGCAUGAAGUUUUAUAUUCUGCCUUUUGCUAAUUUCAUAUUUAAUUGUAUUUUUACUACAAAAAAUACCAAUCAUAUGAAAUGAAGGGUGCCUUCAGGGAACAUUGAAGUUUUUCUUAAGUGUGAUGCGAGAAUAAUGUUCAAUAAAUUUUCUAAGCAGG